GUUUUGAAGACUUUAAUUUUUAUAAACAAUUGAAAAUAAGAAUACGGAAUAAAUCAGAAAACAAAAACGGCACCAAUAAUAAAAACACAAACUUUUAUUAAAAAUAGUUCAUAUAAAUUCAAAAGAUUAUUAUUAGUCUUAAAAAAAUAAUUAAAAUUCAAUAUUUAAAAUAUCGCCAUGGAUCCAUUCAAAGAGGAAUCAACAGGAUACACUGGGACAGUCCCUGGAAGUAUCAUGGAUGAUAAUGAUGAACAAGCAUUUAGUCCCUCAAAUCUUCGCCAGCAAAAACUUGAGCAAGAGAGGAAAAGAAUGGCAGCAAAGCAAAAGGAAAAAAGAAUAAGUUCAGGUAUGAUGCAAGCUAAUGAUAUGGUUAGACCUCGUACUGCUGGUUCAAGACCAAAAUCUGCUAGUAAAGGUUGGACCACAGAUGUUCCUUCAGGGGGAGUUGUGAAUGGAGCUUAUAUAUCUGAUAAAAUAAAUACAAAAUUAAAUGAAGAUGAUGACAUUCCAACCGAGAUUGUAAAUGAAACCAAAGAAAAGAAUCAUAAAACUCCAGUUAAGCCAAAUUUCCAACAUCCUGACACUUUAGAUGAUGAAGAUAUAGAAUCCACAUCACUUCCUGUUGUUGAGCCUAACAAAACCACAGAUCAGAAAUAUGUGACAUCAAAUAUAAGUGCACCAAUUGACAUAGCUAAAAACUCAGACGAAACGGAUACUACUUUGACAAAUGCUGUUGAUGUUGAAAUAGGAAACCUUGACAUGUUUGUUCUUGCACCAGCUCCUCAAGGUCAGACAAUGAAAUGUAGGAUAACAAGAGAUAAAAAAGGUGUUGAUAGACAAAUAUUUCCAACAUAUUUUCUUCAUUUAGAAAAAGAUGAUGGAAAAAAGAUUUUUUUACUCGCUGGACGAAAGAGAAAGAAGAGCAAAACAUCAAAUUAUCUCAUUGCUACAGAUCCAAUAGAUCUCUCUAGAGGUGGCGAAAAUUUUUGUGGCAAAUUAAGGUCUAACUUAGUAGGAACUAAGUUCACAUGUUAUGAUUGUGGGCGUAGUCCAAAGAAAGGAGGAUUACUAGGCGAAGGAUCCCAUUUAAGGGAAGAAUUAUGUGCAGUUGUUUAUGAUACAAAUGUGCUUGGAUUUAAAGGUCCUCGCAAAAUGACUGUCAUUAUACCAGGGAUGGGUCUUGAUCAUCAAAGAGUUGCAAUAAAGCCCCAUAGUGAAAGUGACUCAUUAUUAGAAAAACACAGAACAAAACAAAUGGAUAAUUUAAUCGAACUUCAUAAUAAAACUCCAGUUUGGAAUGAUGACACCCAGUCGUAUGUUUUAAAUUUCCAUGGAAGAGUGACUCAAGCUUCUGUAAAAAAUUUUCAAGUUGUUCAUGAAAACGACCAGGAUUACAUUGUUAUGCAGUUUGGUCGGGUUGCAGACGAUAUUUUUACCAUGGAUUUUAAUUACCCUUUAUGUGCUCUCCAAGCAUUCUCAAUAGCCCUAAGUAGUUUUGAUGGAAAACUUGCUUGUGAAUAAAUUAAAAUUGUUUGCAGCACUUGGGCAUAAUUAAUUAAAUAUAAUAUAAAGAUAAAUGUAUAGAGAUUUAAAUUUUUUGUCCUUGUGAGUAUAGUUCUAAUAUGUGGUUUUUUUAGUAAAAUGAAAAUCAUAGUAAUAUAUAGCUUAUAAUGAUAAUAUAUGUCAUAAUAUAUUAUUUAAAAACCAAAGUUUUAAAAUAUUUUACUUUUGUCCAUUCAAAAAAUUUAUACAUUUUUUUAGUUUGGUUUUUUUUUGUUUUUUGUUUUUUUAAUUGUACGAUUCAGCUAAUCUACGAUGCUGAUAAACGUAGAACAGAUAUUUAUAUGCAUUUAAAAGAUUAUAUGUUCGUUUAAACUUGGAGAAAGUUAUUGUGAAUACUUGAUUCUUUUAAUUAUAGAGGA